AAGAAUUCGUUUGAAAAAGAUCCACCCAAGCGUGCACCUAUUACACAACUUGUUCUACAUGUUAUCAAUGGUUUUACAGAUCUCGAUCUCGAUUCGAUAAAUUUGUUCCAAGGAAGUAAAACCCGACAAGGAAUACUGUCAGUAAUGUACAGAUAUGUCGACCAGUGCUAGUAAUUCACAAUUUCUCGUGGACAAAGUUGAAUAUUCGCCCAAAUCUUUUUACGAAAGUUUCAGUAAUCACUUGCCCAGGUUGGUUCAGGUCACACGGGGUUACUAUGGGGAGGAACAGGUGCAAACCUAUGAACGAGGACAGAAACUGUUCAUACGAAGGUUCGGUUCCCAAGAGAGGGUUGUGGCUACCGUACUGAACGGGCCCCGGUCUCUGAUCCACAAAAAGAUCAGCAUACCAGUGGAAUACAACGCUACCUUCUGUUUAAUUUCUAAUAAGAAAGGUGCCACAUGUAAGAAAUACAAACUGCAUAGAGUACUUUCCAAGAAUAACGAUAAACUGCCCAUUGACGUCCUUUUUAUUCCGGAUAUGACAUCAGAACCUCCUGGAUCUAACUGGUUGACGAGCCCCACGGACCAACUGGUCCUGCGUCUGACUCGACGAUACCGGGAUACGUUUCUGCUUGGCCACGAUUUAUCAGGAGACAGAGUAACCUCCAUUAUCCAGAAGCUUCCCGUGUACCUUACAGAAAUGAGAAUAUCGUUAGUGGUGGGAAGAACGGGCUACGAAAAACAGGAAUGGGACAAUUAUACCCACAACUUAAGUGAAAUUUGUGACACACAAAUAAAUUGUGACAAUUAUUUUGGAAAUCCGGACAUUGCUCUUUAUGACAACGACUCGGAGGACUUCGAUGCAACAGUUCGGGUACCAAACGUAUACUGUGCACUACAUGACUGUCUCAGUGAAACCAAUGUAUACCAGACUCUUCAUGGCUUAAAACCCGAUUCCAGUCCAACCGAGGAAAAAUGCAACACCUAUGAAGUUAUAUCUAACUGUGUCAGAGAGAAAGAAAUCAAGGUGCCACCUAAAAUUCCUCCCAAACCCAACACAAAAAAAUCUCUGCCAAUUCCAAAAGAACAAACUGCUCAAAAACCGAUUGCAGACGUCUCAAAAGAUGACGUCAGACCUCUUGUUCCUCGACGAAGCGACACAGCGGCCAAGGGAAAGGUACAGCGACAUAUUUCUACUUCGACGAAAGCUAAAAUCACCACUCCCUGUAAUGUCAGCAUUGAUGAGAAGGAUGGAACCACUCCGAAAUCAGAAGAAACGCCAAAAUUACACCCCAGAGAUGGCGACUCUAGAGGAAAGAAUGUCAGGGGCUAUCCGCGUGUAAAAAAUACAAGAGUAAAUGUGAAGGGGAUGAGUUUGAAUGAUGUGUGUGAAUUGUUAAAAGAACUGGGACUAGAAAAGUAUGCUCCCGUAUUCAAGGAACAGUGGAUAGAUGGUGCAAUAUUAAGCGAACUUAGUACGGAUAUUUUACAUCAGGAAUGUGGUAUGGGCAAAAUUGAAGCUGUAAGGCUAAUGUCGUUUGUUCAAAAAGGGCAUAUACCAAGAUAG